AUGGCGGACUCGAACGCGCCCAAACCCUCCAGCAGCGUCAAGCUGGUGCUCCUCGGCGAAGCUGCUGUCGGAAAGUCGUCGCUCGUCCUCCGGUUCGUAAACAACGACUUCCAAGAAAACAAGGAGCCCACCAUCGGCGCCGCCUUCCUCACCCAAAAAUGCAAUCUGCCCACGAGAACCAUCAAGUUUGAGAUCUGGGACACAGCCGGCCAGGAGAGGUUCGCAUCCCUGGCCCCGAUGUACUACCGCAACGCCCAAGCCGCCCUCGUCGUCUACGACCUCACCAAGCCCACAUCCCUCAUCAAGGCCAAGCACUGGGUGGCAGAGCUGCAGCGGCAGGCGUCCCCCGGCAUCGUGAUCGCGCUGGUGGGCAACAAGCUGGAUCUCACAAACGACGGCUCGGGCGAGAGCGGUGCUGGCGGCGAGGCAGCAGCGGGUGGCGAUGAUGCCGACGACUCCGGUGAUGCUCGGAAGGUGUCGACCGAGGAGGCCAAGGCGUAUGCGGAGGAGGAGGGGCUCUUGUUCUUCGAGACCAGUGCUAAGACUGGCACGAAUGUCACCGAGGUGUUUACGGCCAUCGCCAACGCCAUCCCGGAGACGUCACUGAAGAGCGCCAGGGGCCAGGGGGCAUCUCAGGCGGCUGGAAGGGGAGGCGAGGAGCAGCGGGUCAACCUCACCGGUCCACGGGACCAGGCCGGCAAGGAGGGCUGCGCGUGCUGA